AACGGUUUCUUCUUCCAUCAACCCAUUACAGACCUUACAUCUACCAAUAAUUAAACAACGAAGACCCACAAAUUGUCCACCAUGAAACUCCCCACCCCCCACCUUUUCACCCUCAGCACCCUAACUCUCAGCACCCUCACCACCGCAACCCCCCACCUCCAACCCCGCGACACCACCCCCUUCACCACGGGCCUAGCCACCAUCACCGCCGCCGCCACCGUCCUCGACGCCCAAAUCCUGACCUACCCCGGCGGCGACGACAUCUCCAACAUCAGCGCGGGCGCCGCGACGCUCAUCAAUGCCUUCCUGGCCGAGACCAAGACUAUCCAGCCAGACUUCCUCAAUGCCACCGAGGCCGCGGCACUCCUACCACCCCUCGCGACCCUCGCCGCGCAGAUAUCCGUCGUGGUGGCAGACUACAUUGGCAUCCACGCCGCGAUCGCCGCCACCGCCGCCUCCAGCGACGGCGGCUGGUACAUCUACUCCCAGCUGCAGGAGGAGCACACCGCCGCGCUGAGCUACACCGGCAGCGUGGUGGCCCGCAUCCCGGCGGGUUCGGUCAAGGAUGCGGCGGCGGUGUGGGCGGGGAAUAUCACGGAUACGUUGCUGGAUGGACGGGAUGCGUAUAAGGAUAUUGCGGUGCGGCCGACGGGGUAUUGAUUCCAGGGGGGUUUGAAGGUGGCUUUGGGGGGCAAUCAUGGGGCUCUGGGGAGGGGAGAGGGGCGUCUCUUUUCUGUUGAAAGCUUUUGGGGCGUGGGACGGGCGAGUGGGUUCGAUUCCCUCUGGUAAAUUAGGCGUAUUCUAUUAAUAUUUGAAGAGUGGAAAGAGUAUCCGAAUCGAAAGAAUGGGAUUGUUGCGUGCAUGAGAGGGUUGGGGCGAGAUGUUCUUUGUCCUACGGAUCACGUUAGUGUCUACUGUUUAUCCUGUCCGAGCGAGUCCUAAGGCGAUGAGCUCUUGGGCAUCGAAUGAGGUCUUGGUCGAUGAGCAUGUCAGCCCUGAAGAAUCGUUAUUUCAGCUGUCCCACCACCAUAUAGAAACCUGCUUUCUAUUCAGUAUUGGAUGUCUUUUCUUUUCUUUUCUUUUCUUUUUUUUUUUUUUUUUUUUUUUUU